UGUGUGCGGUCUUAUUAGAUUCAUAUCAGUAAAUAUUAUUUAAAUAUCAAAUUUUUAUAAUUUUUUCCGAUCCACAAUUAGAGAUAUUAAUGUUGGAAAUCGUGCAUUGGUAAAUGUGCCUAAGAAAUUUUGUCAUUUAAAAAAAAACGGAGGAAGUAUUAUCUCAGAGAAUGUUUUGGGCUAUAACUACUAUACCAUUCAAUGCUAUAACUACAAUAAAAAAUUAUUAUCUUCAAAAGUGGAGCAAUUGUACCGGAAAAAGGGAGUGCUGACGCCAAAUGAAAUGUAGAGAAAGUAAAAUUUUGGCAAUUGCGCCAAACUUCAUUUGGGAAUUUUGAGGCGGCAAAAACUAGAAAGUAAAUAUUCCAUGAAACAAUUAAAAUAAUUAUUGAACUUACAAAAUCAUCUUCUCCUUCUUCAUCUAUGUGCUUCAUUUAUUUGUUCUUCCCAUUCUCAUCCGCUUGAAUAUUUUUUUCUUCGUUUCUGAUUUUUUUAUCCGACCUAAAAACUGAAUCUAUAAGUUAUGUGACGUAUUAUUUUCUAUAUCGUCUUCUUGACUUGAAUAAAUCUUGUCGGAUACAAUUAGUACGGAUCUCAGGCAAUUGUAGUUUCGUCAGUAUUGUCAAUGGAUAAAGACGCAGCGGAGGGUAGCAGGAGAAGAUUACAAUUAGACCAGGUUGUUGAUAAUGAACUGGAUGAAGAUGUGUUGGGUGAACAAUGUGAUUUAUGUAAUGAUGAAGAUGUAGAUGAAGAUGAAUAUAAAGAUGUGGAUGAAGAAGAUGUUGACGAUGAAUGUGGUUAUGAGUAUGAAAUUGUUGAUGAUUAUGAUGAGGAACUGGAUGCAGGAGAUGAUUUGGACGAGGAAAUUUUCAUAGGUAAUGACGGUGCCCUUAAUGAGGGUAAUGAUGAAAUUGUUGGUGCUGAUUUGGAUGAUGAGUUUGUUGGAGAAGAUGCACGUGGCGAGGAAGUGUACACAUCUGGAGGAGAGGAUGUAGGAAAUGGUAUUGGUAUAGGAAGUGGUUUAAAAGGAAACAUUUCUGGAGUGUAUACGACCCCUACGCGCAAGGAGGACAGAAGGUCCUGUUAUAGCCACCCCUGUUGUUGGAAUGAGUUUUUCUAAUUGGGAAAAUUUGAAUAACUAUUACCGUUCGUACAGGGAGCAACAAGGAUUUGGUUGAGUCUGUGUAGGGGGGGGGGGGGGGGGGAAACUUGUCCUAUAGAAAUAGAAGAAAGUGGGAAAUCUAAUUCCCUAAAGAGCUAUGUGUAGAUAUGUGAGUGUUACGGAAGAACCAAUUACCGACGUUUGGUAAAUGGAAAAAAAGUCACUCUGGCUGAGGAUCCAAUUGUUAAGAAUAAGUCGAAAAGUGUAAUUUGCCUGUUAUGUUGUAUGGUGCUCGUGCCAUGGAUAAUAGUUGGGUGAUGAAGAACGUAGUUAAGGAACACUUGAACCAUAAUCCUACCCUACCAAGUCUAACCAUUUACAAUCCUAAAACAGAUGGAAAACGAUCAUGAUUUAGAGGCACUGGUAGACGGAAUGGGGUGGAGAAUAUUGGUUUUACGAAGAAAGAUAUGCAUAAUAUUCUGAAUAAGAGGAUGCGAUUGAGGCUUAGAGACGGAGAUGCUGUAGCGAUCAUAAACUACUUAGAUAAAAUGACCAAGAACAACCAAUUUUUUUUCAUCUGCACCGCUUAGAUAAAACAUGGAAGUUGUAGGACGUCAUGUGGGCUGACGCUUGAAGUAGAGCUACGUUUCAGUAUUUUGGAGAUGUGGUUUGUUUUGACUCGACCUACCUGACAAAUAAGUACGAGUUGCCGUUUUCGAACUUUGUAGGGGUAAAUCACCAUGGGCAGACCAUAUUGUUAGGAUGUGCAUUAUUGUCCCAUGAAAAUGCAGAGACAUUUGUGUAAACGGUCGUGGUUGUCUUGUAGGGAGGAAAAGCGCCAACAGCAAUGAUGACUGACUAAGAUGCUGCAAUGAGGAAAACGAUUCGAAUAGCAAUGCCAAUGCCACAAACCCGACAUCGUUGGUGUAUGUGGCACAUAAUGCAGAAGUUUAGCCAGAAACUUGGGUCGUUGACUGAAUAUCCCCAAAUUAAAGUGGCCUUACAGAAUGUGAUAUAUAAUAGUUUAACUCCUGAAAAAUUUGAGGAGGAAUGAGCUCGUGUCAUAAAAACAUUUAAAUUGAACACAAAGCAGGAGACAAAGAAAUGCUAUAAGUGGCUAGAAGGUAUGUUUUUAUAGUUGCAAACAUAUUAAAUUUCUUGUAUCAUUUUCUUUAACAUGUACCAAACUACAUUAUUUGUCUCGUUUAGUACAUAUAAGUUUGACUACGUUACCCAUGGUCUUUGUUAAACUUGUUCCAUACUACGUUAUUUGUGUUGUAUACAUUACACAUAAAGUUGUGUAGUUUACCCAUG